UGAACAUGCUCUGGGUUAUUGGUGUCACCGAGAUUAUGCAACGGCCCCAGCUAACUUUUGUUUAUUUCUCUCCAGCACACGCACACACACACACACACGCACGAUGAGAAUGAGAAUGCGACACAGUUUGGCCUGCCUGCUGGUGCUGGCGGCCAGCUCCGCUCUGGUGGCCGCCGACUCCAAUUGGGGCAACGAGUGGGCGCCCAUGGACGCGCCGGACUCCAUGCUGAGCAGGCGCUCGGCGGACACACAGCCCGCGGCGGACGCACAGGGACGCAACUACGCCGUGCACGAGAGCACACAGAGCAACGCCACGGAAAUCGACACAGUCAUCGAUCAGCUAAUCAACUCGCGCCGUGAGGGCCGCAAUCUGGGCGAAUAUGACGCCGUCUAUGCCGAUGGCAACAUCGAUCAGGCCCUGCAGGAGGGCAACGAUUUGCAGGCACGAAACCUCAUUCGGGACAAGCUCUGCGGACUGGGUCUGAUGAGCUGCGAUGUGGAGGAGAAGCGUCCCUUCUACUCGACCAUCUAUGCCCAAGGACCACCGCCACCAUCCAGCUUCGGCGGCGGCCCCUAUGGACCAGCCAAGCCCAUGCCACCACCCAGCUACUUCAGUGGACGUCCACCCAUGGGCCCGCCAUCCAACUCGAUCAACUCCUUCGGACCUCCGCGCAAGGUGGGCUAUGAGGGCUCCUACAAGCCUCCGAUGAACAGCCUGUACAGACCUGGCGGUCAGUUUGGCGGCUCCUAUCUGGAGCAUCCACCAUCCGGCAUUGAUGGCUCCGACGGCAUCACCUACACCAAGCCCCCACCUGGCUCUAUCAUCUACGACAGCAAGCCACCUGGCCCACUCUACACUGGCUCGCCCAACGGACCCGGACCCAUCUACAAUGGCCCCUCGAAUGGCGUGCCUCCAUACAACUUUGAGAAUCCCGAGAAGAUUCAGGGCGCCAGCUCCUCGCUGAACGGCUUCUAUUCCCAGCAAUCGUCAUCGUCGUCUUCGGCAGCCACCUCCUCCAGCACCAAGGUCGUUGUGGGUGCUCCGCUCGAUGCUGGUCUUCAGCAACAUGUCCACCAUCAUUUCCAUCAUGUGGAUGCCGGUGAUGGCGCCAAUAUUCCAACUGUUCCCAUUCCAAUUGGCAGCGGCCAGACCAUCAACACCGACUUCAGCGCCUUGGCCCAAUCCUCGGCCACGUACACGCCCCAGGCACAGGCAAGCAGCUCCGGCUUCACGCAGUCGAAUGCGUUCACAGCUGGCUUCAAUGGCGCCUCCCAGGGCGGUCUGCUCUCCCAGGGCUAUCCCGGACAGAAGCCCACUUCCGGCUUGGGUAGCUUCGGCAGCAGCUCUGGCUUGUCACAGUCCAGCUCUGGCUUUGGCCAGAACGGUUUCAGUGGCUCGCCCAGCGGCAGCUACCACAGCCAAAAUCCCGACUACUACAAGAAGGAGCUGCACAGCGGUGCCUCCAGCGGCUACAAUGGCAUCUCCUCGGGCUACAAUGGACAAAGCCAGGGUGGCCUGUACCAGGGCGCCGGCGGUGGCUAUGACACGUCACGUCAGCAAAUCGUCGACUGCCAAUGCGUGCCCAUCAAUCAGUGCCCGGCCGCUGACCGCAUCGGACGCAAAGAGGAUCUGAUUCUGGCCAUCGAUCCCAGAAAUCUGGGCAAGGACAUCGAGGCACUGAGCGACGAUGCUGCGGCCAAUGCCAAUGCCACAGCCAAGGCUGACACCAAAGAGGAGAAGAAGGCUGAGGAUGAGAAGAAACGCACACGUCGCCAGGCCGACGCCGACAACAACAACAACAAAGAGAACGACAGCAGCGAUCUCUCAUUGGACGCCCAAGGGCGCGCUUACUAUGGCAACCGUCCUGUGGAGAAGACCUGUCGCAUCAACGAGGUCUGCUGCCGUCGCCCACUGCGCCCCCAGGCUCCCCCGCAACAGCAGCUGGGACGUUGUGGCGUCAGGAACGCUGCCGGCAUCACGGGCCGCAUCAAGAAUCCCGUGUACGUCGAUGGUGACAGUGAGUUCGGCGAGUAUCCCUGGCAUGUGGCCAUCCUCAAGAAGGACCCCAAGGAAUCGAUCUAUGCCUGCGGCGGCACUCUCAUUGAUGCCCAACACAUCAUCUCGGCGGCCCAUUGCAUUAAAUCUCAAAAUGGAUUCGAUCUGCGCGUGCGCCUGGGCGAAUGGGAUGUCAAUCAUGACGUCGAGUUCUUCCCCUACAUUGAGCGCGAUGUUGUCUCUGUGCACAUUCAUCCCGAGUACUAUGCUGGCACCCUGGACAACGAUCUGGCCAUACUGAAGCUGGAUCACCCUGUCGACUUCACCAAGAACCCACACAUCAGUCCCGCCUGUCUGCCCGAUCAGUAUUCCGACUUCACCAACGCUCGCUGCUGGACCACCGGCUGGGGCAAGGACGCGUUCGGCGAGCACGGCAAAUACCAGAACAUCCUCAAGGAAGUCGAUGUGCCAAUUCUGUCCCAUCAUCAGUGCGAGUCGCAGCUGCGCAACACGCGCCUCGGCUACAGCUACAAACUCAAUCCGGGCUUCAUCUGCGCCGGCGGCGAGGAGGGCAAGGAUGCCUGCAAGGGUGACGGCGGCGGUCCUCUGGUCUGCGAGCGCAACGGCGUCUGGAACGUGGUCGGCGUGGUGUCUUGGGGCAUUGGAUGCGGCCAGGUGAAUGUGCCCGGCGUCUACGUGAAGGUCUCUGCCUACUUGCCCUGGAUUCGGCAAAUCACGCAGAGCUACAAAUGAUUAGUGGAGACAGUGCCCAGAGCGGGGGCCGUCACAGCCAAUGACGACACCUCCGAUCAAUUCGUAUUUCACUUUUGAGCAGCCAUUUCCAUUACGCAACGCACUCUUUGUUGGCCCACGCGUGUUGACUGUUACCGCUCGUUACCGUUACCCCGUCUUGUUUAGGCCUUUUCCUUAUUACCUUGUUAUUAUGAUUUUUUGCUACUUUACUAUUUGUUGUUAAAAAAAAACACUCUUUGUCACACUCAGAUUCGAUUGUUGGACAAAUAUGUUGGCGAGUGGCCGAGUAAAGCGCUUGUCGCCUAUUCUCCUCCACUUGGAAGCUCCGAUUCGUGCAUCGUGUAUAAUAGUUGUGUUUAUAUUAAUUA